AUGAAAAAGGGUUGUGCUAACUGUGGUGAUUUUGAUUUGGGUAGGCAGUUACAUGGGAUGGUGGUUAAAAAUUCUUUUGCUUUGGAUGUGUUUGUGAAAAAUUCUGUGAUACAGUUAUACUCGGUUUGUGGGAAAUUGAGAGAUGCCAGAUGCGUAUUUGAUGAGAGUAUGGAUAUUGAUGUAGUGUCGUGGAAUUCAAUGAUCAAUGGAUACAUAAAGAAUGGUGAAAUUUCAGAGGGUCUUGAGUUGUUCGACAAAAUGCCUCACAGAAAUGAGGUUUCUUGGAAUGGUGUGCUUUGUGGAUUGGUUAAGUUCGGUUUCUUGGAUGAUGCUUGUAGAGUUUUUAAGGAGAUGCCAUGCAAGAGUUUGGUUUCUUGGGUGGUGAUGAUUUCUGGCUAUGCUCAGAAUGGGCGACCAAAAGAAGCUUUGGCUUUGUUUAGAGAGAUGCAGUUAUUGGAUUUGGAACCAAACUCUGCAAUUUUGGUGAGUGUGCUUUGUGCAUGCUCACAGUUGGGAGCUUUGGAUCAUGGGAACUGGGUUUACUCUUACAUCCAAAAGAAAUGUGUAAAUGUUGAUUCAACACUUAGUGCAGCUUUAGUUGACAUGUAUGCAAAAUGUGGCAGUAUUGAUUUAGCAAUGCAGGUAUUUCAUUCAUCUAAGGAGAAAGAUGUUUCAUCUUACACAAGUGCCAUUUCUGGCCUGGCAAUGAAUGGACGAGGUAUAGAAGCAUUUCAGCUUUUUGAGCAAAUGAAAAGUGAGGGCAUCUCACCUGAUAGUGUCUCUUACGUGGCAGUUUUAUGCGCAUGUAGUCACAUGGGAUGGGUUGAGAAGGGUUUUCACUACUUUCAUUCAAUGCUUGAUGUUCAUGAAAUUAAACCAGAGUUGGAUCACUAUGCCUGCAUGGUUGAUCUUCUUGGCCGUGCUGGCUUGUUGGAGGAGGCAGAAAAUUUCAUUGCUUCAAUGCCAAUGAAACCUGAUAAUGUUAUCUGGGGGACCCUCCUUGGUGCCUGCAGAGUUCAUGGUAAUGAUCAGAUGGGUCAAAGGGUUGGGAAUAUGCUGAUAGAAUCUGAUCAAAACCAUGAUGGUUGUUACAUUCUACUGUCCAAUAUCUAUGCUAAAACCAUGAACCGUGAAGACGCUGAAGAAGUCAGAAAAUCCAUGGGAGUCAAAAACAUAGAACGUGUCCCUGGGUAUAGCUUGAUUGAAGUGGAUGGUGUUGUUCAGGAGUUCUUGGCUGGAGAUAGAUCCCAUGACAGAACAAAGGAGAUCUACAUGGUGUGGGAAGAAGUUGUUAAAAAGAUAAAGAACUACGGCUAUAAGGCUGAGACAAGAGGGGUUAUAUUUGACAUUGAAGAGGAGGAAAAGGAAACUGUGAUUGGUUACCACAGUGAAAAGCUGGCUUUGGCUUUUGGGUUAAUCAGCACUAGGCCUGGAUCUGUAAUAAGGAUUGUUAAGAAUAUUCGGAUCUGUAAUGAUUGCCAUUUGGCAAUGAAGCUUAUUUCUAAAGUUUUCAAAAGGAAAAUAUCUGUUAGAGAUCGGAAAAAGUAUCAUCAUUUUGAAGAAGCUAUACUCGGUUUGUGGGAAAUUGAGAGAUGCCAGUGCGUAUUUGAUGAGAGUAUGGAUAUUGAUGUAGUGUCGUGGAAUUCAAUGAUCAAUGGAUACAUAAAGAAUGGUGAAAUUUCAGAGGGUCUUGAGUUGUUCGACAAAAUGCCUCACAGAAAUGAGGUUUCUUGGAAUGUGUGCUUUGUGGAUUGGUUAAGUUCGGUUUCUUGGAUGAUGCUUGUAGAGUUUUUAAGGAGAUGCCAUGCAAGAGUUUGGUUUCUGGGUGGUGAUGAUUUCUGGCUAUGCUCAGAAUGGGCGACCAAAGAAGCUUUGGCUUUGUAG